CACAAAGAGUGCCCUGGACAGAGGCAGUUGAUCAUUCUCCAUUAGGAUCUAAAUCAGUAUGAAGAUCCACGUUCUGUUUGUUUGCUUUGUAUCAGUGGCAUUCGAUAGAAAUGCUGUCAUUACAGCGCAAUCAACACUUUAUACAAAGAUGGAAGGCGAAGACUUUAGAACACAACUCCAGUUCACAGAGGCUAAAAAAAGCAGAAAAUACUUCUGCAGGAAUGACUGCCAAAAAGAGCAAGACCUCCUCAUUGAGACGCAUGGAAACAGAGCUAAGAGUGGCAGAUACACCAUUAGAUACGAUACGGACACCAAAACAGUCCACGCUGUCAUCACAGAGCUGACCAAGUCUGACACUGGAAGUUACAAAGUUGGCGUGAGAAACUCCUCCUCCUCACUGGGUUCAUUUAAGGAGUUUGAGAUCACAGUCAGAGAUCUGUGUGAUGGGGGCGUCGUCUCCAGACAACCCAGAGUCUACAGCGCUACUAAAGGAGGAGAGAUCACAAUUGGAUGUACCAUAUCUUUACAACCACUUAACAGGAAGUUCCUCUGCAGAGAGGAAUGUAACAAAUAUAUCAUUGACACCAAUGACAUGGCAGCUAUGAGUAGCAAGUACAAAAUUAACUACCUGAGCAACACACUCUUUAAUGUCACCAUUUUGGAGCUGACUGAGUCAGACUCGGGACGGUACAGGUGUGGUGUGGGAAGACAGAAUGAUGUGAAUACAUGCCUGGAGUUUGAGAUCACAUUUGCAGGAACAGAUGAGGUGACUGAGUCAGACUCUGGACGUCACAGAGAUGGUGUGGGAGGUCAGAAUAAAGAAAAUACAUGCAAGGAGACCACAUCUGCAGGAAAAGACGGUAACACGCUGCUGCCUGUGGUCGGUUGUGUGACCGUGGUUGUCAUGGUGUUGGCUGUCUGUGCGCUGCUCGUCUACAAAUGGAAGAGGAGCACUGGUGCUGAGUAUGUGAACACCAUAGGAAAGAAAAGAAGCAACGAGAUUACCGUAUAUGAUGACUGUGAAGCAGUUUCCCACAAUGACCAGUCACACUACCAGGAGCUCGAUCAGUGCAGCAAAGAAGAGAAUCUGUACUCUUCAAUGAAUGUUUCACCAAACAGAACUGAUAAUUAGAACUGAUAAUUAAAGAUAAUC